AUGUGUGACACGGAGCUGGGCAGCAGCAGGGCCAAGGAGCCCAACAUGAGUGGCAGGGGCCGUGUGUCCUGGUAUGAGCGCUUCCUGCAGCCCUGCCUGGUGGAGCUUCUGGGCUCGGCCCUCUUCAUCUUCAUCGGGUGUCUGUCGGUGAUUGAGAACGGGGCUGACACGGGUCGGCUGCAGCCGGCCUUGGCCCAUGGCCUGGCCUUGGGACUGAUGAUCGCCACGCUGGGGAAUAUCAGCGGAGGCCACUUCAACCCCGCGGUGUCGCUGGGCGCCAUGCUGAUCGGAGGUCUCCACGUGAUGAUGCUUAUUCCUUACUGGAUCUCGCAGCUGUGCGGGGGGCUGAUCGGGGCCGCUUUAGCCAAGGCGGUGAGUCUGGAGGAGAGGUUCUGGAAUGCAUCCGGGGCGGCCUUUGUGACAGUGCGGGGGCAGGAACAGGUGGCAGCGGCACUGGGGGCAGAGAUCAUCAUGACGACACUGCUGGUGCUGGCCGUGUGCAUGGGUGCCAUCAAUGAGAAGACGCGGGGCCCGCUGGCCCCCUUCUCCAUUGGCUUCUCUGUCACCGUGGAUAUCCUGGCAGGGGGGAUGAUCUCUGGAGCCUGCAUGAACCCUGCUCGUGCCUUUGGACCUGCUGUGGUGGCCGGCCACUGGACCUUCCAUUGGAUCUACUGGCUGGGCCCACUCCUGGCUGGUCUGUUUGUAGGACUGAUCAUUAGGUUCUUCAUUGGAGAUUCAAAAACCCGCCUCGUCCUGAAAGGGCGAUGA